AUGCAAGACUUCCCCCGUUUCAACGACCUACCAGCAGAACUGCGCAUUCAAAUCUGGCGGGCAACAUGUCCAACUCCCGGAAUUCACGUUUUUGAUGUCUGCAUCCCUUCUGCGCAGACAGGAUGGCGGAUAUCCCAAGCCCAGAAAGAAUUGAAAUCAAGACAUGUUGGGAACGGAUCACCAAGCAGCGUAUUUCUUGACCAAUUCAUUGCCUCAAAAGGCAAGAGCGGACUGAUAUCUCAGAGAGGCACGACCAAACAAUCUCGGCAUACAUGCAGUAAUGCAGACGCCAACUGCAGCCUCACCUCUGACCCGUCAAUCUACCUUGUCGCAGACUCCAUCCGACAAAGCUGCCUCGAAGCCUUAUCAUCAAUUCAACCACGACCAGCUGCACCCUCGUUGAAUCCUAAUGACAAGAUCAGCACCAAAAUCAACACCAUCCACCUCCCACUACGAGGUCAAGGGGGCAAACAAGUCCACUACAACAGUAUACUCGAUAUCCUGCACCUCCGUUUCGGCCCUCCAACAUCCUACGUCUCUCCCUUUGAUCCGGGCGUGCUGAAUCCCAACGACGGCUCCGAAGACGCCUAUCUCCGUAUUUUCAAGAGUGGUCUGUCAGACGUGCUGCUGUACCCCUGGAGCGACGAAUUUACAUUGACGCUGCAGCAUGCAAGACGAAUUGCAGUGGAUAUAGCAGAUUUACACCUGGAGAUUGGUUUGAGUCCAAGAAACAGGUUUACACGCGAGACGGUCUAUCAGGAAGUAGAAUUUUUGGCGGCACGGUUGGCGAAGGGGCUGGAGGUGCUGUAUGUCGUCGAUUAUUGUGCUGGGAGCUGUAGAAGUCGGGAGAUGGAUGGCAUGAAAAAUACACAGGGAGAGUUGCGAAGGAUGUUGGCGUACGCAACUGGCGAAAGAGAACCGGAUGUCUUUCAUGGGAACGGGGUAACAUAUCGGGAGAUAACAUCUCUGGAGAGCCUUGGCUGGAACGAGGAGACUCCGAUGUUCAUAGUGCUGAAGAUGUUUGCUGAAGCCAUCCGAGAACAGCAGGGAGAAGAAGAUCAAAGUUGCUUUCAGGGAGUUAGAGUAUUGGCUUGUCAGACAUCGGGGUCCUGUUGA